AUCUACCGAUGGACCGAUGCCAAUGGCAUGAUGUAACAACGGAACCACCUCCUGAAACAAGCCCACGCUCCCUUUCUUCCCUUUCCCACCAGUCAAUUCUCCACCGGGGAAAACGUGAGAGGAAGAGAAAUUUUUCUAAACGUUGACAAGAAAAUACUUCUCUCGAUUUGGGUGUUAUACGCACGUUGCCUACCGCGAGCCAGGCUCUCCCGUUCCCCUCAGAAAUUCCAUGUUUCCCCAUCUUCCUCCUCCGCUGCUCCAGGAAUAGAAGCGGCGAACAGAAGGGGGGUCGAAGCUAUCCCAGCUUUCCAAACCCCACUCUAGCUAGACCCGUGCUGAUUGAUUUCUGGCUGAAAUUCUGUCCAAGAUGAGCUCCGAGUCCAGGGGGCUGCUCGGAAUCGACCCCAACGAGCUCCGCUUCGCCUUCGAGUUAAAGAAGCAAAUCUCGUGUUCACUGCAUCUAACAAACACAACGGACCAAUACAUCGCCUUCAAGGUUAAGACAACGAGCCCAAAGAAGUACUGCGUCCGGCCAAACAACGGCAUUGUGCCACCGCGAUCAACAUUCGAUGUUCUAGUAACAAUGCAAGCGCAGCGGGAGGCGCCACCGGAUAUGCAAUGCAGGGACAAGUUCCUUGUGCAGAGCGCCGUGGUGAGCCAGGACAUCGCACCAAAGGAUAUCAGCGGAGACAUGUUCACCAAAGAAUCGGGCAACGUGGUGGACGAGGUGAAGCUGCAGGUUGUUUACGCUCCACCAUCGAAACCGACAUCCAUAAAUGAGGGUUCUGAUCAGGAAAGUCUGGGAAGUUGGAGUUAUCAAGAGACAACAAGGGAACUUUCAGAACCAGAAACAAUACCUUCUGAGCCCUUGGCUUUAAUUUCGAAGUUGAUGAAGGAGGAGAAGAAUUUUGCUAUUCAAGAGAACAAUAAGCUUCGAGAGGAACUGCGUCUCCUAAGACGGGAAAUCAGCAGGCAGAAUGUCGGUUUCUCGCUACUUUUCGUGCUCGUGGCCGCUAUUCUGGGCAUCCUACUAGGCUUUUUCAUGAAGAGAUGAGCUUGUGUAAGAAUGCAGGUUUUUUCAGUUCUCUGUCAAGACCUGGAUAUCAUACGUGCUCUCGGUCUCGUUAGACAUAUGUACAACUCAUGGUCUCUUAUCUUAGGAUCUGAUGCCUCUUAUAAUUUUUUAAUUCAUAUUAGCUGCUGUAGCGAGUCAAUAAGUCGGUCUUUAGAAAAUAUUACUGUAUGGCUAAUUAUUUGCAUCUUUUUGGAACCUGUAAACAGAAUAGUUGCUUUGAUACUAUGGCUUGCAGUAUAUAUGCAUACUGUAUUAUAUGGAGAAGUUCACUUGUUACUUUCAUCA